AUGGAAGCUUAUUAUGGAAAUGGUCUUCAAUUAGAUUUUUGGAAAAGAGUUAGUGAAGCCAGCACUAUCUUAAUAAGUGGCUGCGGAGGUGUCUAUGAUGUAGUCCAAGGUCUUCCUUUGUAUUUCUCUCUUAAAUCUCAAGGAAAAGAAGUGUUUUUAGGCAACAUGAGUUUCAGCGAGAUCAAAAAUGCAGAUGGCGAAGUCAUUUUGCGAGAAUCUAAUCCUGCGAUGCCAAUUGUCUGUAUGAGAAUAACUGCUGAUACAAACCACGGACUAGUUGAUACGAGUAAUCAAGGAUUUUUUGUUGAAAAGUAUUUAUGCCAAUGGUUUAGAGAAGAAUUAAACCAAGAAAUUUCAGUUUAUGCUUUUAAAAGGAGAGGGGUUGAUAAACUUACAGCAGCUUACCAGGCUGUUAUACAAAGACAUAAUAUUCAGAUUAAUAUUUUUUUAUUAUUCUAUAUUUUUAACAAGUUUAUGCUCUAAAGCAGAUGAUUUAAUCAAGCCUACGCCCAUCUUUUUAAAUCCCAAAAUUAGGGACGUCAUGAUCAAUCUCCUCCGCCACCUUUUACAUCAGGCUAAGCCAAUCAGAUUUCUAUCAAAUGACUGACCAGCAGAGCACAGAGACUUCGGGGAUACGUUAUCUUGAUGCUACCUGUCUCCGUCAUAUGUUUUACUUAAGGGUCUCCCUCCUCUAAGUGAAAGGUAGAUAUGUUUUGUACCUCCUGCAUCCUAAAAUCCAAGAACCGGAAUUCCAGCCUAUGUGUUUGGGACCUUACCGGCAUGCUUGGAUACAGCAAACUUGGAUAAAGUUCACUGGGAAACUGAACCCCAUAAUAGUAAAAUUCGCUGGGGAUGGAAAAAUUCUCAGAGAGAACAAAUUCCGUAGAUGCAAUUUUAUUAUUAUUAUGAAGACAUAAUAUUCAGCUUGUUAUUUUGAUUGAUGGGGGAAGUGAUAGCUUAAUGGCGGGAGAUGAAAAAGACCUUGGAACACCGCUAGAAGACAUUUUAAGCAUUCUUGCUGUCAAGCAAGCAAGAGUUAAUGCGAUUUUAGGGUGUAUUGGUAUUGGAACUGAUAGGUUUCAAGGAGUUUCUGACUGUUCUACACUUAGAGCUAUAGCAGAAAUAACAGAAGCAGGAGGAUUUUUGGGGAAUUUUUCUUUGCUGCAGACUAUGCCUGAAGUUCAAGGGUUUAUAAAGGCAAGUGAAUUUAUACAGUCAAGGAUGCCAAGAGAGAAUUUUGUAGGUUUCCAAAUAAUCAGUUCAAUUUUAGGAAAGUUUGGAAAUUAUAACACCCUUGAGUCAACCCAUUCCAAAAAAUUAUUCAUUAACCCACUAAUGAGCCAAUAUUACUUUUUCGACUUGCAAAAGGUCGCUAGAAGAAUAAAAUAUCGAGAAUUCGUAGAAGACACCAAAAACGCUAAUGACUUCAUGGUAGGUUUAGAUUAUUACAGAAACAACCUCGAGCAUUUAAUAGAAGAAGAGUUCCCUAGAACAGAAGAAUUCAGCUAG